GCGCAUGCUCUGGUUGGUGUUGUCGCGGUGCAGGCUGGGAUGUGAGUUCCCCCCUUGCCCAGGCCAGUUCCCGGUGACCAUGGUGGGCACGUACUGUUGUGUCCCGGGCUGCUUCAACAACACCCUCAAGAACAAGGAGCUCUCCUUUCACGUCUUCCCGAAAGACGAGACACUGCGAGGCGUUUGGAUCAGGAACCUGUCCCGUUUGGACGAGAGAAAAUUCAGCGUGUGGCAGCCCAAAACCCAUCACAAAGUCUGCGACGCCCACUUCGCGGGAGGCAAGAAGACCUACAUGAACAAUGUGCCCAUCGUCUUCCCCGUGAAGGUCGAGAGAUCCCGCAGGAAGGAGCAGGCCAGGCUGCUGCUCCUGGGUGCCAGGGACACACCCCCAGACCAGCAGUCACAAGGUGGCAAUCAGUUUAACUAUCCCCAGAAUGUCUUGGCAUUUCACAAGAGGGCAAAGCAGAAAUAUGGCCAGAGGCAACAGAAGGAUCUUCCAAAAAGAACCAAGACAUCUUUUGCCGGUCCUACGGUUUCAAAGGAAGGAUCAGUUGUAGCAUCCCUAUCACUGAAUCACCAAGAGGGCGAUGAUGAGAAAGCCCGAUUUGAAGCUGCACAGACUCUGCUAGAUAUCUUUAAAGUUAAUUCGGGCUACGAGGGUGUUCAGAUGACCACUGUGUGUGAGGCACUGCAGCAAAUAAAUGAAAAACUGAACACAGAAAUUGCUGGGUUGAAAGAUGAGCAUCGAUAUCUAAAGGCGGAAUAUAAUCAAAUCAGUGGGGAGCUGAAGAGAUUUAAAGAUGGUGAACCCAAAUGUUGCACUCAAUUUCCAAUUUAUUCAACAAUUCCACGGCUGCAGACCAAAGCUUCAACCGAAUGUAGCCCAGUUCAGCCUAGUGUUUACCCAGACUGCUAUACUGACUGGAGUAUAAAGACAAGAGUUCUGAUUACCUCACCUACUCCAUUCUCCUGGGCAAAAUCAAGUACCAAAUUGUUAUCAGAAAUGGGAUCCAUUCCCAGAACAACAAUAAAAGCUGAUGAAGUUUACAUUAAACAGGAACCUGAUGAUAGCCCUAGUUUAAAAUGUGCCUUUCAGCAGAAUAUGAGAUACUGGAUGUACCCCAGGCUGCCCUGGUUACAGCUUUUUCCAAGAAUUGGUGUUGACAGUGUAACAGUUGAUGAUGGUUUACAGUGGUCUCCAGAUUACAAGAUACAGAAUAUUUUAAUGAAAGACUGGUUGUCGACCUUUAGCUCACUCUUUGACCUUCUUCAGUCUGGUCAGUGCCCUUUCUUUUACAUCUGUACAUACCAAUUCACAGUGCUCUUCAGGGCUGCUCAGGAAUCCAGAAAAGAAUCAAUUACUGCCUUGUUGUACCCAGCAAAUGUGGAAGUUUUAGAAGCAAUGAGAUUGUCAGAAGUUGUGUUUUCAACAUAUUUAGUGGAGCACUCUCAGGAAACUGGUAACAUGAAUCUUUCUUCACCAGAUGGACGUGGGUUAGUGCAUCUUAACCCAGCUUGUUUAAAUAAUAUAGGAAAUAGUAAAAAAGCAGUGACUGAUUCACAUUCACAGAAGUCUUUUCCAUCCAUAAAGACAGAACCUCAAGAAGAAAUUCCUACAUCGGACUCAUCAGAAUGUUAUCUGCAUCGGCAAUAUCAGGAUACACAACUGAAAUUCCUGGUUGCAGUUGAAGGACCCUAUACAGCAUCGUUAAUAACUUUUCUAAUGAACUCGCCACAUAUGGUCGCACAAGAGGGUAUACAAAGAGGACUGCCACCCACGCUGCUUUGCCCUGUGGCCUUCCCCGGAGCAUCUUUACAGUUGCUCCAGGUUGCUAAUACUUGCGGAAAAGUCCAAGGUUGCCUUGGCUCUACAGACUCUUACAGUUUAGAGAUCACAGGUCCCAUUCUUCCUCACUCUAUGGACUGUAUCAAUCAUAUUCUGCAAUGUAAUGAGUAUGGUGGAACAUUGACUGUUGUUAAUGUUCAGGAAUGCACCUCUGUCUUCAAUGUACAUUUAUCUAGUUAGUCAAAAUCAAUACAUAGCAUGUUUAUUGUCACCCCUAUAUCAGAGGUAGUUGUAUUUUAAAAACUCAAAAAAAAACUUUUUCCAAGAACUGUUGUACCCCUCCAGCAAAUAAUUCUUUAUUUCUUCAGAAUUCAUCUUUGCUCUGAGGCCUAGCUGAACUCCUGAAGCUAAGGGAACUGUAAUGGAAAAUAAGUAUAUUUUUUAAAAGAUUAACAAUAUUCAUACCUAUAAUGAAAGGUAGUAAUGAUCUUCCCAGUGUAGAUUGGUCAUGUGAUUAAAUGUAUUUUUCAAGAACCUAUCAGUUUUAGCAUUUCCAUUUCAGGCCAGAAUUGUCUCUUGUGUGCUGACUAUUUGCACAGAGUUCAUUCACUGAUACCUAAUUAUUUUGUGAACAUUAACAACACUAUUAUUGUGAAAGUACAUUUUUCUGUAUCUGGCACAAUACUGAUCAAUAUUGUGAAUAUAUGUAUAUUCCUUUUUAUAAUCUAGUUUGAUUAUGGCAAUAGAAUCCACUGAGUUAUAUUUAUAUUGUGUAUUAACCAUUAAUAGGAAAAAGUAAGUGAUAUUAGCAAAGUCUGGAUACAGUGCAGGGAAUCUUGUUAUUAACAAUUAUUUUGCAUUAAAUUAACUGGUAAAUAUUGGGUAUAAAAAUAAGUGUUAUCUAUAUUUAGUGCACGAUAAUCUGUAUUAAGUGAUAUCAGCUGUAAUAAACAAAAUUAAUUGUAUAUCUUUAAUGCUGUAAUGCACAAUCAUUUGGGGUCACAGUGUAACCUGUAAUGUUUUCCACGUAAGCUACAUCUUUGAUCCAUGACAUACAUUGCAACAUGCAAGUUAUUUAAUUAUCUCCUUGUCAAUUAAAUGUACAUAUACAUGAUAUAUUGUUUAAUGCCACAGUUUGUUGUUAUACAUUUGUGUUGAUAAUUAUUUUCCAAAUUUAUCAAAACAAUUAAAAAUCAAGAUUAAUAGUCA